CAAAAUUUUGGUGACUGUUCGAUUGUAUGAUGAAAAAGUAGAAAUUAGAGAUAUUUUACACAGAAAUCGUUUUAUAAUUGCUGUUGAAUUGUGUCAUAAGUUGGUGUGAACUGGUGCGUUGCAACUAAAAUUGCUUGGAGGUGACCUGGAGCGGUGGUAGCAGUCGAUUGCGAAGAUGUCUUCGUCAGCAAUUUUCAUUCUCGAUGCCAAGGGAAAGGUGCUCAUAUCGCGAAACUAUCGCGGCCACAUCGAUAUGGGUGUGAUCGAUAAGUUCAUGCCGCUGUUGAUGGAGAAAGAGGAGGAAGGUCUCAUCACACCGAUCCUGCAGACGCCCGAGUGUACUUUCGCGUACGUGAAGACAAACAACCUCUACCUGGUAUCGGUUACGCGGAGCAAUGCCAACAUCGCGCUGGUCUUCGUCUUUCUCCACAAAGUGGUGCAGGUGUUCACCGAGUACUUCAAAGAGCUGGAGGAGGAAAGCAUACGGGACAACUUUGUGGUGAUCUACGAGCUGCUGGACGAGCUGAUCGACUUCGGCUACCCGCAGACGACGGACAGCAAGAUCCUGCAGGAGUACAUCACGCAGGAGGGCCACAAGCUCGAGAUACAACCGCGCAUCCCGAUGGCGGUCACGAACGCCGUCUCGUGGCGCUCGGAGGGUAUUAAAUACCGCAAGAACGAGGUGUUCCUCGACGUGAUCGAAAGCGUAAAUCUGCUGGCGAACGCGAACGGUAACGUGUUGCGCAGUGAAAUCGUCGGUGCAAUCAAGAUGCGUGUCUACUUAUCCGGCAUGCCGGAGCUACGGCUGGGACUGAACGAUAAGGUGCUGUUCGAGAGCACCGGCCGGGGCAAAUCGAAGUCGGUCGAGCUGGAGGACGUCAAGUUUCAUCAGUGCGUGCGGCUGUCGCGUUUCGAAAACGAUCGCACCAUUUCGUUCAUCCCGCCGGACGGUGAAUUUGAGCUGAUGUCCUACCGGUUGAACACGCACGUGAAGCCACUGAUCUGGAUCGAGUCCGUCAUCGAGCGUCACGCGCACAGCCGCGUGGAGUAUAUGAUCAAGGCGAAGUCGCAGUUCAAACGCCGCUCCACGGCGAACAACGUGGAGAUCGUCAUUCCCGUGCCGGCCGAUGCCGAUUCGCCGAAGUUUAAGACAACCAUCGGCAGCGUCAAGUACGCCCCCGAGCAGAACGCCAUCACCUGGACUAUCAAGUCAUUCCCCGGUGGAAAGGAAUAUCUUAUGCGAGCUCACUUUGGCCUCCCGAGCGUCGAGUGUGAGGACAGUGAGGGAAAGCCACCGAUUCAGGUUAAAUUUGAAAUUCCGUACUUUACAACUUCAGGCAUUCAGGUACGAUACUUGAAAAUUAUCGAAAAGAGCGGCUACCAAGCGCUGCCCUGGGUCCGAUACAUCACCCAGAACGGUGACUACCAGCUGCGAACAAACUAAGACAAGCGGUGUCAAGCGGUGCCUGAAGCGUAAUUGUUAAGUUUCACACGUUUCACUAUCGAGCGGUUCCACACACGCCACCGAACGGACGGACCACGUUUCGAGCACGUUGCGUUGCGUCCCGUUCCGGGUAGUUUCAUCCGUGGGGUGUAGUAUUAUAGUUCUAUCUUUCCAUCCGUCGGGGGGCAUUCCCGAUGCGCCCUACUUACUAUCUGCUUUUAGCACUGUAAUUCCAUCCGGCAGCGGUUCGGUUUAGAACGUAAACCGUUUUCAUUGUUUAGCUUUUCCUUUCGAUCGAUGAACGUUUAUAUUUUGUGUUUCCAUUAUGUUGUGCAGUGAGCGAGGGGGUUCUCACAAGUUUUAAGUUGUAUUUAAAUUUAACCAUCCUGUAAAAGAAACCAUCUAGCACCUAGAAAUAAAGUGAAUUUAAUCCAAA